AUGACUCAAAGCUUGGUUUUCUGUUUCCGCUCACUUCAUUAUGAUGUCUUGGGGAGUAGUCUGAGUGGUCAGGAGAGGACACUGGCUGUGCUGCUGGAACAGGCUUUCAGGAUCAGAGAGGAAGUGGCAGCAGGCCUGCAGUCGGCCCAGGACUCCCUCCAAGUUGAGACACUGUCCCGCAAGCUGCUGGAGAAUCACAUACUUCUGACCAUUACACGCAUUGUCAAGCAGCUUAGCAUGGACAUACAGUCCCUGAAAAGACAGAUUGCCCAGAGGGACUCCAUCACCUCUGCAACCACACUGGCCCUUCAAAGCCUGGACCAGAAGAACAUGACUGGCAUUGGAGACCUGAGAGGAAGAGUGGCCAGGUGUGAUGCCGCCACCUGCAAGCUGAGCGCUGACGUGAGCUCUGGGGAGCGGUGGCUGAUUAGACUGCAGCAAGAGGGGGCAGCUCAACGAGAUGAAGUGUCGGUGAUGUUGAGGGAGCUGGGAGUGGAGAUUUAUUAUGAUCUUGGAAAGCUGGAGGCCUCAUUGUCAAAGCAUUCCCAGAGCCAAAAGAGCUCCAUGGCUGAUCUGCAACUUAAACUACUCAAUGACAGGAUGUCAGGGGAACUGAAGGGAGCCAAGGAGCAGACCGAUUAUUUGAAGAAGUGGACAGAACAGCUCAAUAGUUUGGCCCAGAAUCAUGCAGAUCGCAGCCAGGAGCUCCGCACACAACUGCAGGACAAAAUGUUAGAGGCAGAAUCUAGAUUAGCUGUGCGGCUACAGGCUCUGGAGGUGCGUGUGGAGCAGUUUGAGGCCCAGCAGGAUCAGGCAGACCGGCGUCAGUCAGAUCAUCUGAAACGCUCUGAAACAAAACUGAGUAAGAGAAUGAACUCGGUGGAGAGCAGCCUUCAUCAAGAGCUGCAGCUGCUCAAACAAGAAUACCACAAAGGUUUCCUGUUGGUGCAUGAUGCCAUCAAGUCCCUGAGACAGAUAGGUGAUAUCAAAUCCCACCUUAACAAGGAGAAGCUACAGAAGGAUAUCAGGCACGUCUGCAGCAAGGUGGCAUGA